AUGUACGUCGCCGUCAACCCGUCUUGUGCUCUCAUGUAUGAUGUAUCCUCGGCCCGUCGGCUGAAAUGUGACGAGACGCGACCGGCUUGCCAACAGUGCACAAGAAAGGGGAUCAAGUGUGGAGGCUUCGCGCAGGGCUUGAGAUGGUCGUUCAAACACCAACCUGCCCUUCAGGUCUUGACACUCGACGAUUUCAAUACCACGCAAACAUCACCGAAGCGACCAGCCGCCGACGCACCCGAGGGCCAGCAUCGCUCCAAAAAAGCAAAUUCCAUUUCAGCCAGCAGCAGCAGCAGUUCCCCGAGAAGUCGAUACUCAGUCUCAUCCUCUUCUUCCAAGAGCUCCGCCCAACGAGAUGGAGAUGCAGAGGGAGAUGAAGAUGCCACUAGGGCAUAUCAAAUGAGCGACGGAGGAGUAGAUGAAAUUUCUCAACUGUUUGCAGAGGAACCCGUGUCACCUUGCCAACCACUGCUGGGUGUGAUUAUUCAACAAUCAAGCUCCUCCAAGGACGCAGACCAGAAGCAGCUGUCGCCGUACUCAUUGACGCCCAGUCUUGCCGACACUUCAUCAGCGUUCAUCAUCAACUGGUUCGAGCAGGUGUGCCCAGCCUGGUCCGGCUUCGACUCGAACGCGAAUCUCAAUCGAAAGAUUGCAAUCGACCUCUGGCGAACGUCCGCCACGGUGUGCAGCUCUCUCGAGAGCAUGUCGGCCGCGUUUCUGGCAUCCCGGCUUCCGAGCAUGAGGCAAUCCGCCCUCCGUCUCAUGCAACGAGCGACAGACUUCAUCCAAGCUGAGCUCCAGGUCGUGAAAGCGCAGGGCGAAUUCCGCACCGUACCGACGGGUCUCAUCUUUUCCCUGUUCUGCCUCGGAACAACGGUCUGCUGGGUUGACUCCCGCUUGUACGGGCUGCCCUUUUUGAGAGAAGUGAGAUCUCUCAUUCGCCGGCUGAAUGCGCAGUCGGCCUCCUUCUCCAGCGCGAACCAGGAUAUGCUCUCCUUCUUCAACAAAAGCUUGGCGUACUGUGAGAUGCUUCUCUCCGUGGUUCGCGAGGACGAGCCGCUCGAUCAAGGCGACGCAGGCUUGGCGCUCCAGAUACUCGAGGAGCGUGCACCCCAUCCCUGGACUGGCGUGUCGACUCUCACGACACGCCUUUUCUCCGAGUCGAUCCGGCUGUGUCGCAGCGCUCGACACCGUCUGAGGCAAGCCAUGGAUCCACAGAAGUACUUUUCAAACGCGCUUCAAGACUUGAUAGGAGCGCAGCGUCUCGAGGAGCAGCUUCUAGAACUCGAGUUUCCCUCGGAAACCCCCGACGUCGACACCGGCGACAGCUCAACGCCGGUUUCUCAUCUUGCCAGGGUCGCCGAAGCCUACAGACUCUCUUCACUGCUUCACUUGUACCAGACUUUCCCUGAUCUUGUCUCCCUGCGACUACCGGCCGAAUCGCCAAUGACGGAGAGCGGCUCCGUGCCAUGGGACGAGUGGAUCAUCCCCUUGGCCCUGAGACUGGUCAAGGUCCUUGAACACAUCCCGGCAACGUCGGGUACCCGCGUCAUCCAACCGCUACUAUACAUAUCGGCGAGUACAGGACUUCGCCACGACGCACCAGCUACGUCUGACAUGCUGGGGGCCUUUGGAUCCCUGCAGCAAGACCUGAUGGGAGGAACGGGGUCGAACAUGUUUAGCCCCCCGCCGCUGUUCGAUUCGCACAACUUGUCUCAGUACAUCAGUCAGAUGGCCGAGGCUCCGACGCGGGAGGGUUCAAUGUCUACCAUGACGCUUGACGUAGGUAGUGCUCGCCACUUCGUCAUGAGACGUCUGAGUAUCCUGGAGAGCAGCUUGCCACCGACCCCAGUCGUGGUAGCAAAGAAUCUCGUGCAGACUAUUUGGAGAGCGUACGAUAACGACAUCGGCUCGCCCACAGCUCACUGGAUUGAUGUGAUGGAAGACAACGACUUACGUUCAAUGUUUGGGUGA